AUGAGCAACCCAUCUGUGUCUAUGAAAUCCUUUGAAGAGGAAACGACAUCUCAACAACAACGAAGAGAUUAUAUUCUCUCAUCCGAUCACGCUACUGACGAAUCAUUGAUUGAAUCGAAAAUUCCUGCCAAGAGUAUUUAUGCUUUUGGUGCCGAUAAAAUCCUCCAUUCCGCACGUAUAAGCCUUCUGGAUUCGGAACGGUUAUCAAAUUUGAGAUACCUCAUCAUCACGAAUGAGGCUCUUUACAUUUUUGAUGAUCAAGACUUUGAGAGAAGAAUUCCUAACGAACAAAUUAUUGAGAUUGUUAAAUAUCAAGACCCAGCAGGAUCACCAAAUGUUACAAAGAGUCCAUCCAAUGAACAAAACAAAUCACAUCGUUUAUUGUUUCGUGUAAAAGACGAUUCCGAUUUGUUAAUUAUUUGCAAAGGCGCUACUGGAGUGUUGGAAACUUUGCAAAAACAAGCAAAAGAUUGCAAUGCUUAUCGCUUCUCACAGGUGGACCCUGCUGAAGAUUUAUUUUCGAAGGCAACCUUCAUUGAAAAUCAAACAACAAAGUGUUCAUCAUCACUGAAACAAUCUUUAGAAAAUGCUUUAAACGCAUCUGAACUGAAAAAAGUCAUGUUGUAUUUGGAAUAUUUGAGAAGACAAUGCAGUCAAAAUGAAUGGGAAUCAGAUUCUCUAAUUUUAAGAGCGAUUGAAUAUGUGAAGAGCCAAUAA